UUAUCUAUAAAUGUAUAAAGGGACGAGGGAGGGAAGGCCCCCUCCCUAUAGGAAGAGGGGAAGAGCAGAGUUGGGUCAUUUUAUUUGCUAAAAAGGGUAGCAAGCAAAUGAGGCUAUUAAAACUUAAUCUUUGCUUCUUUUCAUUUCUUUUUCUAACUCUACUGCAAAGACCCACCUUUGCCUCCAAAAAGUCAUAUGUUGUGUACUUUGGAGCCCAUUCCCAUGGUGCGCAGUUGUCUUCAGCUGAUCAAAAGCUUGUCACUGAGUCUCACUACAGUUUUCUUGGGUCAUUCUUGGGAAGUCGAGACAUAGCGGAAGAUUCCAUAUUUUACUCAUACACCAGGCACAUCAAUGGUUUUGCUGCAAAUAUAGAAGAUGAAGUGGCAGCUGAAAUAGCCAAGCACCCAAAAGUAGUCUCAGUCUUCUUGAACAGAGGGAAAAAGCUUCAUACAACUCAUUCGUGGAGCUUCCUGGGACUCGAGCAAGAUGGUGUUGUCCCUUCCAACUCACUGUGGAAGAAAGCAAGAUAUGGUCAAGACAUCAUUAUCGGAAACCUUGACACUGGCGUCUGGCCAGAAUCGAAAAGCUUUAGCGAUGGAGGGUAUGGACCGAUUCCAUCAAAGUGGAGAGGAAUAUGUCAAAAUGGCUCGGACCCUUAUUUGCACUGCAACAGGAAGCUUAUCGGAGCAAGGUACUUCAACAAAGGGUACGCAUCGGUAGUUGGUCAUCUCAAUUCCACCUUCGACUCUCCCCGAGAUAGAGAAGGACAUGGAACUCAUACCUUAUCAACAGCAGGCGGUAACUUUGUAGCAGGAGCAAGUGUUUUUGGCUUGGGCAAAGGAAAAGCAAAAGGAGGUUCACCGAAAGCAAGGGUAGCAGCUUACAAGGUCUGCUAUCCCCCAGUUGGUGGAAACGAGUGCUUUGAUGCAGAUAUCCUAGCAGCAUUUGAUACUGCUAUUAGCGAUGGCGUUGAUGUGCUGUCUGUAUCAUUAGGAGGGGAGGCUGCACAGCUUUUCAAUGAUAGUGUUGCUAUUGGUUCUUUCCAUGCUGUAAAGCAUGGAAUUGUGGUGAUUUGCUCUGCUGGAAAUUCUGGUCCUGCUGAUGGUACAGCAUCCAAUCUUGCUCCGUGGCAGAUCACUGUUGGAGCCAGCACCAUAGACAGGGAGUUCCCCAGUUAUGUUGUCCUUGGGAACAACAUCAGCUACAAGGGAGAGAGCUUAUCAAAAAAGGCCUUGCCAAAGAAUAAGUUCUACCCACUCAUGAGUGCUGCAGAUGCUAGAGCAGCUAACGCAUCAGUGGAAGACGCUAAGCUCUGCAAAGCUGGGAGCCUUGAUCGCAAAAAAGCGAAGGGAAAGAUCUUGGUCUGCCUUAGAGGGGUAAAUGCAAGAGUGGACAAGGGUCAGCAAGCUGCUAGGGCUGGUGCUGUAGGGAUGGUUCUAGUCAAUGACAAGGAUUCUGGGAAUGAAAUUCUUGCUGAUGUUCACAUUCUUCCUGCUUCGCAUCUCAAUUACACCAAUGGUGUUGCUAUCUUAAAUUACAUUAACUCCACCAAGUAUCCUAUUGCACAUGUUACACGUCCAGAAACACAUAUAGGCACAAAGCCAGCUCCGUUCAUGGCAGCUUUUUCAUCAAGAGGACCCAACACCAUAACACCAGAAAUUCUCAAGCCUGAUAUCACAGCACCAGGAGUGAGCAUAAUAGCUGCGUACACACAAGCAGCAGGACCAACAAAUGAAGAUUUCGAUACUCGACGAGUUCUGUUCAACUCAGUAUCAGGAACUUCGAUGUCAUGUCCUCAUGUAUCUGGCAUUGUUGGCCUUCUCAAAAUUCUGCAUCCGACUUGGAGUCCUGCAGCCAUUAAAUCCGCAAUUAUGACCACUGCAAUGACAAGGGACAAUAACAGGGAGCCAAUUCUGAAUGCGACCUACUCCAAGGCAAAUCCAUUCAGUUAUGGAGCAGGGCAUAUUAGGCCAAACCAAGCUAUGGAACCAGGACUAGUUUAUGACUUGACUGCUAAUGAUUAUCUGAACUUUCUGUGCGCGUUAGGAUACAAUGAGACACAGAUUUUAUCCUUCUCGCAGGCUCCAUACAAAUGCCCCAACAAGCUUGUUAAUCUUGCCAACUUCAACUACCCUUCAAUCACAGUUCCUAAAUUCAAAGGCUCAAUCACUGUCACUAGAAGAGUUAAAAAUGUUGGUAGUCCAAGUAGUACUUACAAAGUCAGUAUCAGAAAACCAACUGGGAUUUCUGUUUCGGUGGAGCCUGAGAUCUUGAAUUUCAGAGAAAUUGGUGAAGAGAAGACAUUUAAGGUAACCCUGAAAGGGAAAAAGUUCAAGGCAAGAAAGGAGUAUGUAUUUGGGGAGUUGACAUGGUCUGAUAGCAUCCACCGUGUCAGGAGUCCUAUUGUGGUGAAAUGGUACUGAAAGUAGCUUUAAAUUAAAAUAGUGAUUAGUAACCAUCUCCGUCCUGCUUAGAGGCUACAAUGCAACCUCGUGUUCUAUAGUUAUUCUGUGGAAUUGUUGGUGUCACUUUGAUAAGAAUAUCAAUAAAUGAAUGAAAGAAAAAAAAAAAAAAAAAAGAGCAAAAGUUAGCGAUUAUGUCCUGAA